GCAGACCUCCUUAAGACAAUUACUAUAAGUGUCUUUGAAGAAAUACUUUUUCUUUAACUGAGCCUGAGUUCGGACUGUUAAGAACAAAUGUUAUGAAACAUCUAUCCCAUUAAUUUCUCACAACAUGUGAAUGUUGAAAUAAAAUACAGAAUUUUCUGACAUUUGCAAGAUAUUCAUGCACCCUUGUAAACAAACAUAAUUUAGUAGCCUAUUAAGAAAUGGGUUUUCUGCAGUCAAAUGCUCCCCACUGAGCUAUACCCCUCAACUUUGGGUUUUCUAUUCCUAGGUAGUCCAGUUUUCUUCCAUUGCAGGAGUGGUUUUCAAAAUAUGGCACCUGCCUGGAGAACAGAGUCUCACUGAUGGCUGCAAAGUGAUCCAAAAUGUCUGUAGGGCCUUGUUUUACAAUAUGACAUCUUUAAAAAAAUAUUUCCAUAGGUUUUUGGGAGACAGGUGGUAUUUGGUUUCAUGAGUAAGUUCUUUAGUGGUGAUUUGUGAGAUUUUGGUGCACCCAUCACCAGAGUAGUAUACAUCUUAUGUAUGAACUCAUUUCCAUUUCUCCUAUAGUAAAACUAAGGGAACUAUGAAGUCUCCAAAUUUGUUGAUAUUCCUUGUUAUCACCAAGUUCUUUAUUCACUGGAAAGUGUAAAUUUGUGAAUGUAGUUAAAAGGAGUUCGUCUAGCUAAGGUCUUCAGUAUUUAGGAACCAAUGCACCAUACAUUUCAUAAACGCAAAAGUAGAAAAAAACCUUAAAUCAAUCCCUUUCUGUUAUGUUCCUCCUUGAUAUUUGGGCUCUUUCCUUGAUGAACUACCCUUCCAGUGUUGCUGCUAUCCUGACCACUCUCCUAAUGCCCCGAGCCUAGGGCUAUAGUUCUCUGAGUUGGUUUACUCCAUUACUGCCAGGAGUGAGCCAGAAUGUUUCCAGGUAAAUGGUGCUUGGAGGCUUUGAGGAUAGGAGAAUCCCCUAUGUCAGAUAACACUGUAAAGGCAUGUUCAAUGCCGAAUUAUACAACAGAAACACAUUUGCAUCAGAAAAUCGAGACAGAAGCUGUUUUUUCUCUAUAUAUUUAAAUCUUGUGUUUUUAAAUUUAAUGUUGUUUCCAUAUUGAAGUGCGUUUACAAAGAAGGCACUGCAAUUGUUUUGUGCUUGGGGCUCCAGAGGCCUUAAUCCUGCUUUGGCUAAGGACGUGAAGGGCAGGAUUCUUAGUCAGUUAUGUCACAGGUGAAUAAUUGGGAGUUGUCUGCAUGUAUUUUAUGCUUCUUUCAGCUGUAGGAAAUGCAACCCUCAAAUUAUUCUCUGCUGUGAGUCUCAGCUAUAGGUGAUUAAAAAUAGACAGGGAGGAGGAAAGGAUAUAGUUGCAGUUCGCAGGACAUAAAAAAUGCACAUGCUGCUAAAUUGUGCAAGCCAUGGAGAACACUUCUCACAGGUGUUCCACUCUGCAGAGGUUACUCAUUUGCCUCCAAGUACAAUCCAAGGUGUUGACUGGAGACUUUAAGGGGCCCUCACCCCUUUCUCUGCAUCUUAGAUUCCUGGAGAUAUCAAUACUUACCUGAGCUCAGAGGCAACCUCCACAACCACGCUGUCCCAACUCUGAAGUGCAUGGCACUGGAAGCUGGGUGUUUUUCUCAUGGAAGGUUUUUUGCCUCUGGAAUUUCCUGCUUGUCCCAGUCUGCCAGAGCUCCAUCUUACUGACCUUCAGGGACUUGUGAAAGACGUGUUUUCAACAUAACCUUUAUUGAUGAGAAGAGACCUUAAGAUCAUAAUUUUGUGAAAGAUAAUUUAAGCAAUUAUCAUAGCUCAUGUUCUUUUGGGUUAAAAUGAUUGAAUUUUGGUGCUGUCCUUCUGUAGUAAUAGCAACUUCAAGUAAGGUGCAGUUUUAAGAAUAAACACACCAAUAAACGUUUGUUCUUAGUAUUGAGACUGCCGACCUGGAUGUGAAGAUAUUUGGAUUCUAAAAGUAAAAAAACUGUAAGUCAGAUUUAUGCCCUUUCUCACGCUGGUACCUCAGACGUGCUGGUGCUUGCAAUAACCCUACAUUCCAAGGUGGGUUAAAAACACAGCCUGCUCCUUUAGAAAGCUCUAGGAUGGUGUGAUUGUUUGUCACAUCUCAAGCCCACCCUGGGAGAACAACAUUGGCUUUGGCUGGACGUUAAGAUAUUUAUUCUAGAUGAUUAUGCCAAGACAUUAACAGCUGCAGGAUUAAUUAUUUACGUAGUGAGUGUCAAUCAUCUGAGACAAGAACCAAAGAAAAAUAUUUUAAGAUCAUCUGGUUAAAAAAAAAAUCUCUGCUAUAUAACACAGCUCUCUUGUCAUUUAUAACUCUUGAACUUCUCCCCAAAUAAGUAAUCUCAGAAAACUGCUCUUUUAAAAUUAUUUUCCCUUUCUUAAGUGUUCUAACUGCUUUCCCUUUCAGAACCGAGCACCUUGGCCAUGUUUGCACUAAUUUUCAGAAGAUGCCCUCUACAUCAGGGUAACCGAUGACAGGUUUUAGUUUUGAAAACUUAAACACGGAAAAGAAAUCCGGAGGAAAAUGAGCCCCCCGCCCACAACCCUUUCAGAUCCGCGGCGAGGCUGCGAUGCCUUCGGCGCUCCUGGCCUUCCCGGCUCCUCCAAAUAUGCCGAAGCUGCUAGCUGUGCUCUGCUAGCCCAGGGGUGGUCAAAGAGGAAAAACAAAUAGUUGGUCUGACGAUCUCCAAGAAGAGAGUUUCACUCUGGGUUGACUAAUAUUGGAAGCAUCCGCCCCAUCGCGGGGCUUGGCAUCUAGGCUUUGGGACCUCUGCCAUUGCCAAGGAUCUCUUCGGGGACCCGAGCCCCCGGGCUGAGGACCGCGGGGGACCCCUGGUCUGGACGGAGCCUCCUCUGGCUCGCUGUGCGCGCACGCCUGGAAAGGCGGGAUUUAAGGCAGCGAUGCUGCAGGAGGCUCUGCAGUGUCAACGAGCCCCCGAACGGUCCCGCCUCAUUCUCUCUCGUGUGUGUGCCUCGCAAGUCUCUGCUUGGUAAACCGUCACAGCCUCGGCGCGCGAGAGUGGCGUUGGCACGUCCAAACCCCGGGGUCCUCUGCCAGGCCAGGGGGGCGGGCGUGCGCCGGGGCCGGGCCGGGCCAAGCGCGCCCAGAGGGCUCCGGGCACACGCCCCUCACCUGGGCGAGGCCCGGCGCGCAGGCGCUCAACGCGGGGGCAGCGGCCGGGCGCUUAAGCCCGGCGCGGGUAAGAGUUGGACAGUUCAGGGGCCGCGCCGGGCCGAGCUGUCGCCGGCGCCACCUCCACCGCCGCCGCUGCUACCGCCACCGCUACCGCCUGGGCUGCAGCAGAUCGCGGGAGAACGUCUGCACGAAGCCCCGGUGCAGCCCUGGCGGGACCGCAGCAACCACCGGAGCGUGAGCAACAGCUUCCCGGCUGGAGGAGCCACUGCCCCACGCGCCCGCGGCUCGCGCGCCGAGAUGUUCUACAUUUCAACUCCAUCAAAUAUUAAAUUGAUGUUUAUGGGCUAACCCGGAAACCGAAAAACAAUUUGUUUCACUACAAGAAUAAGAAAAUAUGUCCAAAUUCCUGUCGGCUGACUUAUAAAGGGACUUUUAGAACACAACCCAAUGCAUGAGGUACUCCUUAAGCCCUGACAACCAUCUUGAAGAUGGAAUCAUGAAUAUGGCAAAUUUUCUACGGGGCUUUGAAGAAAAGGGGAUAAAGAACGACAGGCCUGAGGAACAGUUGAGCAAAGAGAAAAAGAAAAUUCUUUUUUCCUUCUGUGAGGUGUGCAACAUCCAGCUGAACUCUGCAGCCCAGGCUCAGGUGCAUUCCAAUGGCAAAUCCCACCGCAAACGAGUGAAGCAGCUGAGUGAUGGGCAGCCCCCACCACCUGCCCAGGCCAGCCCCAGCAGCAACAGCAGCACAGAAUUAUAUCACAUGGAAGAAUGUCUUCUUGAAGACCAGAAGAAUGAGAGAAGAGGCAACUUAAAGUUCUUCACAGGCAGUACAUGCAACACUACUACCCUUCCUGCUCUUGUGCGCACACCUACCCUGAUGAUGCAGCCUUCACUGGAUAUCAAACCAUUUAUGUCUUUUCCAGUGGACAGUAGUUCUGCUGUUGGGCUCUUUCCAAAUUUUAACACAAAAAGAAGAGGCUUAUUUGGGACCAAUAAAUUUUGCCAGAUGGAUCCUGUGCAAAAAGCGGUUAUUAACCAUACAUUUGGAGUAUCCAUUCCCCCAAAGAAGAAACAAGUUAUUUCUUGUAAUGUCUGUCAGCUUCGCUUUAAUUCAGAUAGCCAGGCCGAGGCCCACUACAAAGGAAGUAAACAUGCCAAGAAGGUCAAAGCACUAGAGGCAACGAAAAAUAAACCCAAAAUGGUUCCUUCCAAGGACAGCGCAAAGGCUAAUCCCAGCUGCUCCAUCACUCCAAUCACAGGCAACAACUCUGACAAAUCAGAAGAUAAAGGGAAGUCAAAAGCCAGCAGUUCCAGUCAGCCAUCAAGUUCUGAAAGUGGCUCAUUUCUCCUCAAAUCUGGCACAACACCCCUACCACCUGGAGCAGCCACUUCUCCCUCCAAGAGCACAAAUGGAGCUCCUGGUACUGUUGUUGAAUCAGAAGAAGAAAAAGCCAAAAAAUUACUUUAUUGUUCACUAUGCAAAGUGGCUGUGAACUCCCUGUCACAGCUAGAGGCACACAACACAGGAUCUAAACACAAGACCAUGGUUGAAGCUCGUAAUGGGGCUGGUCCAAUUAAAUCCUAUCCUAGACCUGGAUCAAGAUUAAAGAUGCAGAAUGGCAGUAAGGGGUCAGGACUACAGAACAAGACAUUUCAUUGUGAAAUCUGUGAUGUUCAUGUUAAUUCAGAAAUUCAACUCAAACAGCACAUUUCUAGCCGAAGGCAUAAAGAUCGAGUUGCAGGGAAACCACUGAAGCCAAAAUACAGCCCUUACAACAAACUCCAGCGGAGCCCGAGUAUUCUAGCAGCAAAACUUGCGUUCCAGAAAGAUAUGAUGAAGCCUUUGGCCCCAGCCUUCCUGUCCUCACCUCUGGCAGCGGCGGCAGCCGUGUCCUCUGCGCUGUCACUCCCACCCCGGCCCUCUGCCUCGCUCUUCCAGGCUCCAGCCAUUCCUCCAGCUCUUCUGAGGCCUGGGCAUGGGCCCAUCCGCGCCACUCCUGCCUCCAUCCUCUUUGCUCCGUACUAACGUCUGCAAACCCCAAGACGUUUGAGGCCAGUAGGAAGUUGAGAAAGAAAGCCACAAGGAUUCAGCAAUUUAAGCAGUUUGUGUUGCAGUACCCCCAUUCACCCACAAUAUGCAGCCCACCAUCCAGCUCCCCAAUUCCAAAGAGAAACACAUCACUAGAUUCACGAGGGCUUUUAGAGACUGCUCCUACAAUUUAGGAAUCUGAGCAGCAAGGCUUUAUCUCCCUAUUUCCUCCCCCACCCUACCCCGUUCAAUUUGUGUAUCUCAGAUAUUUGAUUUCUUGAACAUGUAUUGGUCAGAAAGAAAAAGAAAGAAAAUCAUUCUCUAUUUUUCCAUGGGUAUGAUCUGGCUUAAAACAAUAUGGAAUAUUUUCCUGACAGACUUGAAAACUAGGAUCUUCCUCAGAUGUCUGUAAAUAACUCUGGUAUCGAACUGGGUGUAUUCUAGUGUGGAACAAAAAACAAUGAACACAAGUGCUUACUUGUGGAUACUAUCUUACCAAUGGAUCACAAAGUUUUCUUUUUGGUGUACUGUUGUUGACAGGGAUUGUGUACCGUUUCGACCCAAGUACUGUUGUAUCCUGUGUAGUACUAGAUCUGUAUCUCUUGUCUGAAUUAAACAUUUUUAGUUGCUGUGUAAAUGUUAGGAAGCAAAGUAGCUUUGAAUUUUCUCUUUAAGAGAACAAAAGAUAAAAUAAUGUAUUUUCUUUAUUUCACAUUUUAUUUGGAGAUAUUUAAAUGAAAUAGAAAGCCAUAUAACAUAGCUAUAAUUACUACCUGUUUGCUAUUUUUGUUUAACUUAUUUUGUAGCUUCCUCACUGGUUUGUGUUGCUAAGCAAACGUAUACAAACAGAAAAAGAGCUUCCUAAAUUGCACAUUUUUGCACCUCUUGUGCAUUCUGCAAGAAGACAAUGAAUCCAUGUAUUUCUAUAUAAGUAUCUUCUUCAUUUUUAACCUGUUUUCAUUUGUAAUGAUGCUACAUAAUUUUGUGGCUCCCUAAUGCAAUAAUGUACAGAAGAUAAAAAAAUUUAUAAUUGAACAAGUUGUCUUUCUGUUCACUGAAUAUAUUGCAGGUCAUGCUCCCAUGCGCCCGUUUCUAAACCGAUAUCAACAAGACUGGAAUGUUCGUGAUAUCAGGGGCAAGAGUUAUCAUAAAACAAUAAAACAGAGUGGACUCUUUUAGAGCAUCUAUAUCUGCAACCUGUAAAUGGUAAAAUGUCUGUGUAUUUUUUUAAAUGUACCUUUUCAAUAAAAGUACAAAAAAUAAAA